AUGGGAAAAGAGGAGAAAAAGCACCAAACAUUCCCCUGUAAUCUUUGCAAACAAAAAAUAGCACCGACCUCUCAUACCCAUUUACCCAAAAAAAUGAAGAGAAAACCCUCUCAUUCUCGAACCCGACGUCGGCCAAAACAAACCCCUAACUGGCUACAACUCCCAUCGGACGUGACUGCCUCAAUACUUCACAGGGUGGGGGCAAUAGACAUACUGGAGAAUGUACAGAAGGUGUGCACUACCUGGCGGAGAAUAUGCAAAGACCCGGCCAUGUGGAGAGUCAUAGAUAUGUGCAAUUUGGGGGAUUUGCAUAGCAUACCCUAUGAUCUUGAGAAGAUGUGUAGGCACGCCGUUGAUCGGAGCCAAGGUCAAUUAAUCGAUAUCAAUAUCGAGUACUUCGGCACCGACGAAUUGCUCGAGUACAUUGCCGAUCGGUACUGCUCCCACUUUUUUNUUUUAUCAUCUUGUAUUUGA